AAAAAUCUAAACCCUGAUUGCAAAAACAAGUAAUUAAGUGAAACCUUUUAGGACCGAAAGUACAUUUGGACGGCCGAAAAGCCCGACAAUGGUUAAGAUGCUAUACAUUGCGUACGAUUGCAGCAGGCUGGAUACUCUUCCUAAUCGCAACCCAAAUUACAGCACUGCCCUCCGAUAUGCCUUGCUUGCCAGCAGCCAUGCAUGGAUGGAUGGUGGAUUCCUCCCUCAUCCUCCACUCUUUCCUACAGGGCUUCAACCGUAAUUUCGAUGGCUAAAUGGGGAGAGACUAGCACCAUGUUUUUGCGCUCCAGAUCAGACCCAUUUCGUCCUUAUAUAAUGUCUCGGGGAGGUGAAGAAGAAGAAGAAGAAGAAGCAGAGAGCUGAGAGAAUGGAGGAAGAGGCGGCAGAGAAUAUAGGGAGGGCAUUUGUGGAAUUUUACUACAACCUCUUCGACAACCACCGGGCCUCGCUCUUCUCCCUGUACCAGGCCUCGUCCAUCCUGAGCUUCGAGGGCCAAAGGAUCGAAGGCGGCGCUGAAAUCUGCGCCAAACUGAAUCAGCUGCCUUUCGACGAAUGCCGCCACACCAUCAGCACCAUUGAUUCCCAGCCCUCUCCCGCCACCGGCGGCUUCAUUGUCUUCGCCAGCGGCAGCCUCCGCCUCCCCGGCGAGGAUCACCCUCUCCGAUUCAGCCAGAUGUUUCAUUUGCUUCCUGCAUCGGAGGGUAGGCUCUUUGUGCAGAAUGAGAUCUUCCGGCUCAAUUAUGGUUGAAAUGCGGUUGCUAAUUGACCAAGUACCAUCUGUCUUGCAAUUACUGUCGAUUGAUCUUAUUGCUCUCUCGUGAUAACGAAAUUAACCUCAAUUUCUUGCA